CCAGUCACUGUCAGUGCGGUCAGUCAGCGCUGCUCCACGGUGCUGACUAACGCUACACUGGUUCCCUCACUGUCAAAGCGACAUAGUAAUCACUGUAGAUAAAGAUACAGUCCAAGGGGAUGUGCGGAAACCAUAAUAGACCGAGCGUUACAAAGACAUUUCCAUAAACCUACUGGGGCAACAGCUAGGACAAGCUUCUUUCUUUGCCAUUGGUUUUGGACUCCCCGUCAGUAGCGAUAGAGGCUGACGGUACACAACAUAGUCCGAGGUCUGAAGGCCUCGAUGGUGACGAUUUAUUUGUUAAGUAUCAUCCUAAUAAGUGAGGUUUAGUUGCAGAGAGAUGGCAGACAGUGCAGGGCUGCAGUUUGUCAGCUCCUAUGCCUUUGAAGCCAUGCAGAAGGUGGAUGUGGCGAGCCUGGCUGCCCUAAGUGACCCUGAGCUGAGGCUGCUGCUACCCUGUCUGGUGAGGAUGGCUUUAUGUGCUCCAGCUGACCAGAGCCAGUCAUGGGCACAGGACAAGAAGCUUAUACUCCGCCUGCUCUCUGGAGUAGAAGCUGUCAACUCCAUUGUAGCACUUUUGUCUGUUGACUUUCAUGCCUUGGAGCAGGAUGCACGAAAGGAGCAGCAGCUCAGGCAUAAGGCAGGUGGUUCUAACGGAGAAAGCAUCCUGGUGUCACAGCUACAGCACGGCCUGACCCUGGAGUUUGAACACAGUGAUCCCCUCAGGAGACUCCGUCUGACCCUCAGUGAACUGUUGGCUAUCAUGAAUAAGGUGGCAGACUCAAAUGGAGAGUUUUUCUUAAAGUCCUCUGAACUUUUUGAAAGCCAUGUUUACUUGGAUGAGGUCGCAGAUGUCCUCUGCAUUUUACAAGCAGCAGAGUACAGGUACAGAGCCAAUGAAAUGCAGUUGACAUCCAACCAGAAGUGGAAAGGAAGCAUUAAAUACCAAAGUGCAGAGCUGCCCUCGUUGCUCCCCAUUGUUGAUGUGGCAGAGGCUUUGCUUCAUGUCCGCAAUGGAGACUGGUUUCUGUGUCUGUUGGUUGCCAAUGUCCCUGACAGCUUCAAUGAAGUUUGUAGAGGUUUGAUCAAGAACGGAGAGCGUCAGGAUGAGGAGAGUGUGGGUGGUCGACGCAGGACUGAAGCCCUCAGGCAGCUCUGUCAGAUGAACCCCUCACAGGCCCUCAACAUCAGAGCUAUGGUGGUGGAGGAGUGCCACUUGCCUGGUCUGGGUGUGGCUCUGACUCUGGACUAUAGACCAGAUACACCAGAUGAGGCGGUCAGUCCCCUAGUCUCUUAUGUCAGCGGUCUACUACUGGGUACCAAUAGCAAAGUCCGUACCUGGUUCAGCAUGUUCAUUCGCAAUGGACAACAGCGAAAGAGAGAAAGCAGCUCUGUGCUGUGGCAGAUGCGCAGACAGCUGCUGCUGGAGCUGGUCGCUAUCCUGCCACGCUCCCGCAGCACCCACAUGCCCAAUGACGGUGAUAUGGAAGAGGAGGCCAGCGCAGGGUACUCUGGCCUCAGAGAGGAGCAUGUGGUGAAGGCCAGCGCUCUGCUCCGACUGUACUGUGCCCUCAUGGGCAUUGCGGGCCUCAGACCUACAGAUGAAGAGGCAGAGCAGCUCUUGCAGUUGAUGACCAGCCGGCCCCCGGCCACACCUGCCGGCGUGCGCUUUGUCUCUCUGUCCUUCUGCAAGCUGCUGGCCUUCCCUACUCUGGUCAGCACUCCAGAGCAGGAACAGCUGAUGGUCAUGUGGCUCAGCUGGAUGAUCAAAGAGGAGGAAUACUUUGAGAGUGCUGCAGGCGUAUCUGCUUCUUUUGGAGAGAUGCUAUUACUGGUUGCCAUGUAUUUCCAUAGCAACCAGCUCAGCUCCAUUAUUGAGUUGGUGUGCUCUACUUUGGGGAUGAAGAUUGCCAUCAAGCCCAGCUCUCUAAGCAAGAUGAAGACUAUCUUCACACAGGAGAUCUUCACCGAACAGGUUGUUACAGCCCAUGCGGUGAGGGUUGCAGUGACCAACAACCUAAGUGCCAACAUCACAGGAUUCCUCCCCAUUCACUGUAUCUACCAGCUGCUUCGGAGCAGAGCCUUCACCAAGCACAAAGUGUCCAUCAAGGAUUGGAUCUAUCGCCAGCUCUGUGAGACAACCACCCCCAUCCAUACCCAACUGAUUCCCCUAAUUGACGCCUAUAUCAACUCCAUCCUCACUCCAGCAUCCAAAGCCAACCCAGAGGCCACCAACCAGCCCAUCACCGAGCAGGAGAUCCUUAAUGUCUUCCAGUGCUCUGCUGGGCAAGGAGAGGGUAGUCGAGGAGUACGGCAACGCUACUCCAUCACCACCCAACUCCUUAUCCUCUACUACAUCCUGUCGUAUGAAGAGAACCUGUUGGCUAGCACCAAACAACUGGCCUUGAUGCAGAGGAAACCAAAGUCCUACUCAGCAGCCUUGAUGGACCAGAUCCCCAUUAAGUACUUGGUUACCCAGGCCCAGGGACUGCAGCAGGAGCUAGGGGGUCUGCACUCUGCCCUGCUGAGGCUGUUGGCCACCAACUACCCCCACCUAUGUCUAGUUGAGGACUGGGUGUGUGAAGAGGAGGUGACUGGUACCCUGCCCCUGCUGAGGAGGAUGAUGCUCCCCAGCAACACCUGCAGAUAUACUCAGAGCCAGCUCCACCAGGCCUUCCAGAAGUUACCAUCUAGCAGUCCCAGGCUGAUGCGGAUCCUGGAGCAUUUAACGCUGCUUUCGCCCGGAGACCUGAUCCCUUAUGCGGAGGCCCUCACAGCCAGCAUGGCUCUGCUGCUGGAGCCCGCUGUGCCUCGCCGAAUACUGCAGACCCUUAACAAGCUCUGGAUGGGCCUCAACACUGUGAUGCCCCGCAGGUUGUGGGUGAUGACCGUAAACGCCCUCCAACCUUCAGCUAAGCUGCUCAGGCAGCAGAGGUACACUCAGAACGACCUGAUGGUGGACCCUCUCAUUGUGCUGCGCUGUGAUCAAAGGGUAUACAGGUGUCCUCCUUUAAUGGACAUUGUCCUUCACAUGCUGAAUGGCUACCUGCUGGCCUCAAAAGCCUACCUACACUGCCACCUGAAGGAGACGGCUGACUUUGAGCGGCAGAGCCAGACGGUCUCAAACCUGGGCGUGCCUGGACAGCCAGAUACACCCGAGGUCACCAGGGAGGAGCUGAAAAACGCCCUGCUAUCGGCACAGGACAGCGCAGCAGUCCAGAUUCUCCUGGAAGUGUGUCUGCCAACCUCCGAAGAGCAGCAGCUGGGGGCCAGCACAGAGAGCCUGCUGAGCAGUAUUGGGGGCCCCUUGCCAGGAAAAUUGAAACCGGGAAACCUGGGGCCCAGAGCCAGGCGAGGCGUGGAGGACGCUGAGCCGGAGGGAGGCCUUCUUAGUGACUUGAGGGAGGUGCAAUGUCUCAUCUGUUGUCUGCUGCAUCAGAUGUUCAUUGCCGACCCUAACAUUGCCAAGUUGGUCCACUUUCAGGGUUACCCUCAAGCUCUGCUGCCUCUAACUGUGGCAGGCAUCCCUUCCAUCCAUAUCUGUCUGGACUUCAUCCCAGAGCUGCUGGCCCAGCCCCAGCUGGAGAAGCAGAUCUUUGCAAUCCAGUUGCUGUCAUACCUGUGUACCCAGUACGCGCUACCCAAGUCCCUCAGUGUGGCCAGGUUGGCCAUCAGUGUCAUGGGCACCCUCCUCACAGUGCUGACUCGUGCCAAGCGUUUCUCCUUCUUCAUGCCCAUCCUGCCAUGCCUGGUGGCCUUCUGCCAGGCCUUCCCUCCGCUCUAUGAUGAUGUCGCAGGUCUGCUAGUACAAGUGGGCCAGGUUUGUGCGUCCGACGUUGCCACCAAAGCCAGGGACAUUGACCCUCUCAUCGCUCGCCUGCAGUAUCUGAAGGAGAAGCCUCAGGGGGCUGUGGCUUCAGGAGGAGGUUCCUCCAAGCUGACUUUACCCCAGAGAACAGCAGAGGAACUCGGUGGAGCUGACCCUGAUGUCCAGCUCUGUUACUGUGUAGAGGCCACCUUCAUGGACAUCAUCAGCUCCACCCUUCAUGGACUAUAGACACACAUAUUCUAGAGGAAGAGGAAGGGACUGGACUUAAACCAACAACUCUAUACACUGCCUCAGAAAUACCCUCGAGCGGGCUACUGUCAACACGCAUCCAUUCAUCUUUCACAAAUGGACUGGCACUGAUGUCACAUUUGUCAUUGGCUUUCAGAGGGUGUAAGGUUGUGGGUUACUCUCAUUAUGUGCAUGUAAGGGGACAUGUUACUGUACAUCCAUUCUAAUCUGUUCAGUCUGGACUGAAGCAAAGUACUGAAAAAUCCAUUCUCUACCAUUUGACACCCUGUAAAUAAAUCAUGAUCUUCAAUUUAUUUAGAAAAUGUAUGUUUAUGUGCUCCGAGUUGUAGAAAGUAAAAUACUGAAAAUGUUAAGAGUCCAUUUAAUUGACUUAUAUAGGCAUAUUUUUUUAAGCUUUAAGUGACCUUUUCUCAGCUACUGAAAAAUGGAAAAUGUUGCCUUAAAUUAAUAUGUAGAGCUUUUGUACUGUUUGUUUGUAAUAAAACAAAAACAAAAUUUUC